AUGGUGACCAGCAAGGGAAAUCACAGUUCUGUUGCUACAUUUGUCCUCUUGGGUUUCACAGAUUACCCAGAUCUUCAGGUGCCUCUGUUCCUGAUAUUCUUGAUCAUAUAUUCUAUAACUGUGGUGGGAAAUUUGGGAAUGAUUGGUAUCAUUCGAAUCAACCCCAAACUUCACACUCCUAUGUACUUUUUCCUCAGCCACUUGUCCUUUGUGGAUUUCUGUUAUUCCUCCAUCAUUGCUCCCAAGAUGUUGAUAGAUUUACUCAUAGAAGACAGAAGCAUCUCCUUCUCUGGGUGUUUGGUACAAUUUUCUUUCUUUUGUACCUUUGUGGUGACCGAGGCCUUCCUGCUGGCAGUAAUGGCCUAUGAUCGCUUUGUGGCCAUUUGCAACCCUUUGUUGUAUACAGUUGUCAUGUCCCAGAAAAUUUGUGCACUUUUGGUAGCUGGAUCCUAUACAUGGGGCACAGUCUGUUCCCUUCUACUCACAUGUUCUGCUAUCCAUUUAUCAUUUUAUGGAUCUAACACAAUUAAUCACUUUUUCUGUGAAUUCUCAACUCUGCUUACUCUCUCUUGUUCUGAUACACAUUUCAACCAGAUGCUGCUUUUCAUCUCUGCCACCUUUAAUGGUAUGAGUACACUUUUGAUUAUUCUGGCCUCUUAUGUAAUCAUUUUCAUCACUGUAUUGAGGAUGAAUUCAUCUAGUGGGAGACGUAAAGCCUUUUCUACCUGUGCCUCUCACCUGAUGGCAAUCACUAUCUUUCAUGGGACUAUCCUUGUCCUUUAUUGUGUGCCCAACUCUCAAAACUCUAAGGUCAUGUUCAAAGUGGCUUCUGUGUUUUAUACAGUGAUAAUCCCCAUGCUAAAUCCCAUAAUCUACAGUCUCAGGAACAAAGAAGUAAAGGAAACUGUCAUCAAGUUAAUGGAUAUUAAUAUCAAGAUAAGGGAUAUUCUCCAUGUGCACAUCAAUACUUAA